UGCAAACGACUAAGGUUGUUGAUUUCUUCGAGUGUGUCGAUGAGUGCGGGCGAUGAGCUAGCGCGACCUUUCCGCUCUGAAUAGACCAAAGUGGACCGACCGAGAGUUGAUUUGUGACACCUAGAUGCGCACCUGACACGAUCGUGUUUAGCAAUGGAGUGGACGCGGUGGAGCGUGUUUUUGCUGGUGGCUUCGUCGGCCACGAUUUAUGGUUGCCAAUUCGAGCCGGCCGGCGACUACCUGCGCUUUGUGCGCGUGCCUGAGAACGUGCCGGUGGGCGGCGAGAUCCUGAGGGUGCAGGUGCGGCCCCAGGGCCUCCUCACCAUCCAGCCCAUGGACAAAGAGGAGGACGCGCAGUACUUCAAGGUGUCGUCGGUGAACGGGUCGUGGGUGCGGGUGUCGCUGGCCCGCAGCCUCGAGGACCUCGUCGACUCGGACAUUCCGCAGAGCGUCCUCAAGUUCCGGCUCGCCUGCCUCGACCCCAUCGACGAAACGGUGUCGUCGUCAUAUUUGUCCGUGACCGUGUACGUGGAGGACGUGAACGACCACGCGCCGCACUUCCUCGGCACUCCGUACCACGUCACCGUCGACGAACUCACGCCCGCCGGUUUGACGAUUUUCCGCGGCAUCCACGCCGUUGACCGUGACAAGCCGAACACGCCCAACUCAGACGUGCAGUACUCGUUGGUGUCCGGCGGCGACGAGCACGGCCACUUUGUCCUCGAGAGCAGUCACAGGGCGGCCCUGGUCCUCAGGUCGCCGCUCGACUUCGACGCCGGCGACACCCACUUUAACCUCACCAUCGUCGCCUCGGACCGAGGGACGCCGCCCAACAAUGCCACCACCGUGGUCAGGGUCACGGUCAGGGACAACGACGACCUCAGCCCGCGCUUCACCAGGGACGUGUACAAGGUCCAAAUACCUGAGAUGCCUGCCUACCCCGCGGGCGCCGUGGUGCAGCAGGAAGUGUUGUUGUCGCCGCCGAUCCACGCCGAAGACCAGGACGAGGCGCUGAACGCGUCUGUUCGUUACGAAAUCGUGGCUGGAAACGCGAACGAAAUCUUCUGGAUCGACCCUGCGAACGGAUCCCUGUUUGUUCGGCGCGCCAUCGACCGCGAGGCCCUGGCCAGCGAAAGGUACUCGUUGGCCCUGAGGGCGUCGCAAAAGGACAACCCUGCGCGCCAGGGCACGGCGCGCCUCGAGGUCACCGUCCUCGACGUCAACGACAACGCGCCCACCUUCGAGGUUGAAAUUUACAACAUCUCCAUCGUCGAGAACCUGCCCAACGGCUUCAGCGUCCUCCAGGUCGCCGCUAGGGACCCUGACAAGGGAGAAAACGGCGAGUUCACGUACGAACUGGAGGAUCCGCACAACGCAUUCGCGAUUGACCCUCACACAGGGUGGCUCACGGUGAAAAACCAAUCGCAGCUGGACCGGGAAAAGCAGUCCUCCCUCCGAAUGCGGGUCCGUGCGAAGGAGAAGAGGCCGAGCGCCGAGCCGGGGUCGCGUUCGGCCGCCGUCUGGGUCACCCUGCUCGACGCCAACGACAACAACCCCAUCUUCCAACCCACCAACGUCUACCACUUCCAAGUCUCCUCGGACGCCCCCGUCGGCGAAGUCAUUGGACAGGUGAACGCACUUGACCCUGACCUAGGUCGGAACGGUCAGGUGACUUAUGACGUGCAGAGGGCGAACGCGAGCGACGAGUUCGGCCGUUUGCUGCCGCUGCCCUUCAGCAUCGAGGCGCAGAGCGGCCUCCUCUUGGUGGUGGACACGCCCCUGCUCGAGGACCGGUACACGUUGUUGAUCGAGGCCGUCGACCAGCCGGCCAACCCUAGCGAGCGCCGCACCGCCCUGGCCGUGGCCACCGUUGACGUCGCCAGGUCGCGCCAAAGCAGCUCGGGUGGAGGCAGCCCUGGCUUCGUCGGCGCCCCCUACCAGUUCUGGGUCGGCGGCAACGCGGCCGUCGGCACCACCGUCGGCCUCGUCCGCCUCAAGAACGUCGACAAGAAGACCGCCCUCUACGACCUGCUGCACAGCUACAGAACAGGAGUUCCCUUCGCGAUUGAAGAGCGGUCUGGCGUGAUCACCGUCGUCCGAGAUUUGUCACACUUCACUCGGACCCACUACGAUUUCGAAACUGUCGUCACUGACGGCCAAUACACGCUGGUGACCAACGUGACCAUCCACGUGGUCGACCCCGAGGACCCCGUGGUCCUGGCCACCACCUUCGCCCCUCCCAGGAGCCACCUGCUGGAGACCUUCGAGUUCAAAGUUCGCGAAAACCACGCCGGAGUGCUCGUCGGAAAACUGCCAGUCCCGCAGAGCAAAAGAGACGCGCAGUUCUUGCUGGUCAACAAGGACCUGGCCGACCUGUUCGCCGUCUCAUCUGACGGCAGUUUGUACACGAAGAAGGGUCUCGACAGGGAGGAGAGGUCCAGCUACCACCUGACCAUCAUCUCGGAGAGUCGCGGCGGGGGCAACGCCAAAGGUGGCGACGGCGGAAUCUUCCAGGUGGUGGUGGUUGUUGAAGACGAGAACGACAACCCGCCGAGGUUUUCGCACCGCAAGUACUCGGGGCGCGUGAGCGAGGACGCGGCGCCCAACACCCUGAUCAAGCUGGACGCGGCCGUGCACGCGGUGGACGUCGACAUGGGCAACAACGCCAAGUUCCAGAUCAGGUUGCGCGGCGAGGGCGCCAACAAGUUCCACAUCGAGCAGGAGAGCGGCAAAAUCUUCUUCUCGGGCAAAGAGCCGCUGGACAGGGAGGCCACGCCCCGCUACAACCUGCGGCUGGUGGCCGUCGACAGGGGCAACGCGUCCUCGGAAGCCGACCUGGUCAUCCUGGUGGACGACGUCAACGACAACGCGCCCAACUUUGUGCAGAUGAUGCUGCUGGACGACGCGGUGGCCGCCGACGGCAACGCCAAGCAACGCCGCGACACCGUCUUGCCCCUCAAGAACAUGAGCAGCAAAAACUACCCCGUGGUCAACUUGGAGGAGAACAUCGCCAUGGGCUCGCCGGUCAUCAAGAUCGAGGCCAAUGAUGUUGACGAUGGCGACAAUGCACUUGUCACCUACAAGAUUGUGGGCGAAAAUCAUCGAGAAAAGCAGGACAGGUCCAACAGUGCCAGGCACAAAAAGGAGCGAUCCUUCACCAUCAACCCUAACACCGGAGAAAUCACGGUGGCUAAAAGACUUUCGCCGGAAACAGAAUUCCAACUAGACGUGAUGGCGGCCGAUUGUUGCGGGCUGAGCUCCAACAUGUCCCUGAUGGUGAACGUGGUGGACGUGAACGACCACGCGCCGACCUUCAAACGACCCUGGUACCAGUACGACCUGGCCGAGGGCACUUACAUGGGGUGGGUGAUGGGCUGGCUGCACGCGAGCGACGCCGACUUUGGCAACAACGCCGCCGUCAACUACUACAUCGACCCUGAGGAGGGCGACCUGCCCUUCAGCAUUUCGCCCGAAGGUGGCGCCCUGACGGCCACGGGCACCAUCGACCGCGAAACGGGCGACUCGUACGAGUUCAGGGUGUGGGCCGAGGACGGCGGCAAGCCCAAGCUGAAGACCAGCGUGCAGGUGACCAUCAACAUCCUGGACGUCAACGACAACGCGCCCGAGUUCUUCAACUUCAACCGGCGCGACGACAUCACGGGCACGCCCAUCUACCACACGGCCGUGGACGAAAACGGGCCUCCGGGUCAGUUCGUCCUGCAGGUGUUCGCCAACGACUCGGACUACGCCGGCAACGGCAACGGCCUGUUGCUCUACAGCAUCGCCGGCCCGCCCAGACGCGAGUUCCACAUCGACUCCAAGGACGGCACCAUCACGACGCUCACCUCGCUGGACUACGAGAGCGCCAACAUCCACAACAUCACCGUUGUUGCUUCUGACCUGGGCAGUCCGUCGCUCAGCUCGUCAGCCAUCGUGCUGGUCGCGGUCAAGGACCACAAGGAGACCAUCGUUGACCUCAACCCCAUCUUUCUUGAGCGGCACCUCGAGGUGGAAGUGAUGGAAAACUCUCACACGCCACUGGUGCUGACCAUGCUGAACGUGAGCGCCGCGUACCGGGGCCAGGCGCUGACCUACGCCCUGCUGCCCGGCCCGGACGUGAGUCACUUUUACGUGGACUCGCGCAACGGCACCGUGUACCUGAUGUCGGCGCCGGACCGCGAGAAGCAGAGUUACUACGUCAUCAAGGUGCGCGCCGAGCGGGCCAAGAAGGCGCGCCACUCGGUGCUCGUCUACCCCAUGUUGUCCGACGAACUCGGUGUUUCCGGAGACGAGGUUCGGCUGGUGGUGCACGUUCGAGACGAAAACGACAACACGCCGCGCUUUGAAGGGGCGCAAGAGGGGCGUCCGAUCGUGGCCGCCAUUCCCGCCUCGGCCAAUUACGGCGACGAGGUUGUUCGCCUUCAUGCCGUGGACGCAGACGAGGGUUUGAACGGAGAGGUGCGGUACCACAUGCUGCAGAAACCGGACGACAGCGAGCCAAAGCGGUUCGACGUGCACCCCAUCACGGGCCAGGUGCGCGGCAUCACGAGUUUCGCGCGCGACGCCGGCAAAGUUUUCGGCUUCGACGUGCGCGCCCGCGACCGACGCGGCGCCCCCGACGGCCACUCCGUCAUCGCCAACGUCAUCGUGCACGUGCUGGACGAGAACAAACAGGUGGUGCUCGUGAUGAAUGCCAAGCCCGUGGAAGUCGAGAGGAACUCGCAAAACAUCACCAGGGCGCUGAGCAGGCUGACGGGGCUGGACGUGCGCCUCCGCAAACUGGAGCCGCACUUGGAGCUGGAUUCCGAGGAAGAAGCCGAUGCCUCCGACCUGUACCUGUACGCGGUCGACCCGCACCUCAACAUGGUCGUCGACAUGACCCGCCUGGAGAGGGUGCUGAGUCUGCACUCGGCCGCUCUGAAGAGGGACCUGGACAUCUUCCAGGCCAUGGAGGUGCGCGACCUGCCCAACUCGCCCAGGACACCGAGGCCCGCCCUGCUGGCCGUCGAGGCGGGGGCGGUGGCCAUGGGCUGCUUUGUCUUCCUCGGCGCCCUGGCCGCGGCAAUUUGCUUCGGAUGUGUCCGACGAAAAAAGAAAAUGUGCAAGCAGCAGAAGGCGUGUUUCCCAGGGUCACACAUGGGCUUCACGAUGAACCUGCGACCGCCGUACCUGGUCGAGCUGGAGGAGGCGACGACCGACUCGUACGUGGACAUGCACUCGCAGCACAGCGGCCGCUUUCCGCGAGUCAACCCCGACCUGAAGCUGAGCAGGGCGGCGUCCAGCGUGGCCAGGUUGCAGCGACCGAUCGCCUCGAUGACGUCCAUCAGCAGACACGACUCGGGCGUCGCCCUCCACCACCCCCACAACUGCUCCUGCUCCAGCGGACACGAAACCUCCAGCUCAAAUGGAAGUUACGAAGACUCGCUGAAGGAACUGAACCCGUCGCAGGGUUUCGUCGUCUCUGCGGAGGGCAAGCAGCAGAAAAAGCGGCAGCGGGAGCCGUCGAGCACGCCGCCGCCGCCCCCGGCCGCCCACAACCACCACCUGGGGGUGCAACUGGCGCGACGACACAGCGAGAGGGUGGUCGUGUGUCCGCUCGACCACCACCCCAGAAACAUUCACGAGUGCAACUGAGACUGUGCGCGACAUUUUGUAAAUUUCCUGUACAUAAAACUUUGAACUGAAUUUUCAAAUCCACUAAAUACUCAUUAGUUGACUGGUGAAAAAAAUAGUAUUUUUCAAAUUCUUUUUAUAACAUGUGAAUCUUGACCGUGGACUUAAAGGAAUUUUGUCAUCCUGAGUCAAAAAAUAAAAUAAGAGACCACACUUUUUAAAAUUUUUGUUACCGUGCUUGACAAUAUUUAUUACAAAACCCCUCAUAAUUUGCAGUUUAAUUAUGAUUUUUUUAGUAAAAUAAUUUAAUUAAUUUACUUUUGUAAAAAUGUCCUUUGAAAUUAAAAAAUUUUACAAACUUUAUAGAGAGUUUUGCAUAAAUUAAAAUAUAAAAAUUUGUUUUCAAGACUUUUUUGAAAAAUGAAAAAACCUUCAUCAGGGAUUUUCCAACAAUUUUGUAUAAAUUUAAAUGUUAAAAUAUUGCGCUUUUUUUAAUAUUUCACCAGUCCGUUCAUUAAAAUAUAAUUAUAUUGCAACACCAAAUAUUUGCUCAAAUAAGCCGCCACUGUUUUUUAUUUUCUAUAUUUCAAACUCUCCUGAGAUUUCGUUUUGUACAUGUGAACUGUAAAUAAAGGAAUUGCUAUUCGAA